AUGCGCGACCUUAUUCUAGGCUACUAUGCCCUGGUGAAGGGUGGCCUCGAGGUUGAUGGCAAUCUGAUUUCAGACAUCAAUGAGGCGGAGAUCAAGGCCCAGUGCAAGAUCAUUCGAGAGAAGGGCAUCAGGAGUAUUGUAGUCAACGGAGUGUUCAGCCCCAUUGACACCGUUGAGAAACAAGAGGAGCGGGCAGCUGAGAUCAUUCAAGCAGAAAUACCAGGCUGCGAUGUUGUCUGCUCAAAAGAGGUCGCCAACCUCGGAUUUUUGGAACGGGAAAAUGCCGCGAUACUGAAUGCAUCUAUCUUGGCGUUCGCAAAGAAGACCAUUCGUUCGUUCCAGGAGCCUAUCAAGAAACUUGGUUUGCACUGUCCUGUAUUUAUCACACAGAAUGAUGGGACCAUUCUCUCGGGCGAGAUGGCAGCACGACUACCGAUCAGAACUUUCUCUAGCGGCCCAACAAACAGUAUGCGCGGGGCUGCUUUCCUUGUCCAAAACCAACUCGAUGAGGCAAUGAUGGUUGUGGAUAUCGGCGGCACUACAACUGAUGUUGGACUUCUUCUUGCGAAUGGUUUUCCUCGGCAACAGGCUGCAUACAGCGAGCUUGCUGGAGUCCGCAUGAACUUUUCUUGCCCGGAUAUCAAGAGCAUUGGUCUUGGAGGUGGCUCUAUUAUUCGAAAAGGGGAGGAUAUGACAGUCGGUCCCGAUAGUGUAGGCUACAAACUUACGAAAGAAGCCAUUGUUUUUGGCGGGGACGUUCUGACGACAACCGACUGCACAGUCUUAGCGGACCCAAGCGUAAAGAUAGGGGAUCCUAAGCUGGUUAAUGGAGCACUAAAUGACGAUGAGCUUGUGAAGGCAAAGGCCAUCAUCAAACAAAAGCUUGAGAAAGUCAUUGACACCAUGAAGACAUCUCCUGAGGACCUACCUGUUCUGCUCGUCGGCGGAGGAGCCAUAAUCGCACCAGAUGAGCUUAAAGGAGCGAGCAAGGUUAUGAAGCCGCGAUGGUCUGAGGUCGCAAAUGCAAUCGGAGCUGCUAUUGCGAGGGUUAGCUCGGUGGUCGAUACUGUCAAGUCCACUGAAUCAAAGACGACCCAGAAGCUAUUAGAAGACAUUUCACAGGAAGCUAUCGAACGAACAAUUGCGGCUGGUGCUUUACCAUCGUCAAUUAAGAUUGUCGAAAUAGAGACUUUGCCCUUGCAGUACAUUGCAAACAAAUCUCGGUUCAUUGUACGUGCGGCUGGUGAUUUCGACUUCUCUCGCACAGAUAUGGCUUCGAUUCCAGAGGGUAGUGAACUUGAACCGGAAGUCGAGAUGAGCCAAUAUGAGAAAUCAACAAGGACGUCUACUAAGAACACUAAAGUCAAAGAAGAGGUGGACAUUUUGACUUAUAAGCCUACCGUCAAGGACCGAGUCUGGUAUGUCAAUGAGACAGACUUGGACUGGAUCACCACUGGAUGUUAUAUUCUAGGAACUGGAGGAGGAGGGAGUCCGUACUCGCACAUGGUGCGGCUCCGAGGAAUGCUGCGCACAGGGGCGAUAGUUCGAGUCAUCAACCCUUACGAUUUAAAAGACGACGCACAAAUCGGCACGGGGGGAGGAAUGGGGUCACCAACGGUGGGGAUUGAAAAACUCCAAGGAGAUGAGAUGCUCGAGGCACAACAUGAGCUCUACAAAAUCUGUGAGAGAAAAGCGACACACAUGAUUGCACUUGAGAUAGGAGGUGGCAAUGGCCUCCAAGGUAUGAUUCUCGGAAGCCUCCUUGGGUUGGAGAUUCCCGACGCCGAUUGGAUGGGAAGAGCGUAUCCAACAAAAUGGCAAACGACCCCAGUGGUGUUCAACGAACGGCCAACGAUAUGGUCGCCAAUUGCAAUGUGUGAUGGUAACGGGAACGUCGUUUUGAUGCCCAAAGCGACGUCCGACACGCAGGUGGAGAGGAUCCUGAGAGCGGGGCUCAGCCAGAUGGGUUCACACACUGGUUGUGCCGAGGCACCAGUGACAGGAGCCGAGACGAAACGAUGGGCGGUGGAGCAUACAAUUUCUCAGGCUUGGCGCAUUGGACGUGCGGUAGCAAGAGCAAGAAGAUUCAAUCGAGUUGACAGCGUAGCCGAGACGAUCAUCGAUGAAUGCGGAGGUCCCGAUGCUGCCAAGGUUCUGUGGAAAGGCAAAAUAGUCGGCGUGGAGAGAACACUCAGAAUGGGUCAUAUCUACGGAGAGUGCAUCAUAGAGGGAGCAGACGUUGCUGAUGCUGGUGAUAGCAACAAGUUGCAAUCGGCAACUGAACAGCCCAAGUACAAAGGCCUGAUCAAGAUUCCCUUCAAAAACGAAAAUAUUGCCGCAAUCCGGAUACCCGAGACAGGGGAGUCCGGUGAAGCUGGCCAGGAGAGACAGGAGGAUGUCCUCGGUAUCGUACCGGAUUUAAUCUCUGUGAUCGAUGCACAGAACGGCGAGGCUAUAGGUACGCCUGAGUAUAGGUAUGGCCUCUUGGUCAUCGUCUUAGGCAUUGCUGCGAGCGACCGCUGGACAGGCUCGGAAAGGGGCAUUGCAAUCGGUGGCCCUGAAGGCUUUGGCAUCCAUCAUUUGAAGUAUCAGUCUCUUGGUAGAUUCGUCAAGCCCAAGAGCGUCAUUGACGAAUUUGAUACAUAA